GCCCACACUCACUGGGUUGAGCUCAGUCGAAUUUUGUUCUCGGACCAUUAAACACUCCACACAUUCAACAUUCAACAUGGAAGGCCAACGCGUGGCAGUCGUCGCAUUUGCUGUAGUUCUCGCCGGAUUGUGCGUGCUGUCCGGUCUGAAGGCGGCACCCGUGGAAUGCAAUAAUGGCAGUGGCACCCAGAUCUCCGCCGACGGUCUUCAGUCGCAGACGCAAACCGGACCCGGCUGCCAGACGCAGACCUCCGAGGACGGAACCCAGAGCCAAAGCCAGAUCCAGUCGGGCAAUGGCUACCAGUCGCAGUCCCAGUGCAGCGGUUCGUCCUGCGGCCAGUUCAGCCCCCUGCCGCCCCUCUUCACCCUCGAGCCAUUGAAACCCUUCACCUUGACGCCCCUGAAACCCAUCACCUGGCAGCCGUGGGGCACAUUUGGUAGCAACCAGGUGCAGAACCAGAACCAGGUGCAGAUCCAGACCGAAUAGAAUUAAGUUCUUAAAUAGUUACACACAAUAAAGACAACGUAUUUUGCAAAUUUAAAA